UUUCAACCCACAACCCUACUACGAGGAAUUCAAUUCUUUUCGCAGUCUACCAAAAUUUUGGGUGGAAAUUUCACGACUUCAAAUAACCAUUCACCAGACACCCGACCUCAACUCGUCUCAACCACCAGCAAUUCUUCAAGAUGUCGACUGCUAAGGUUAAGACCGGAGCGCUCUGGAACAAGAACAAGGAUGAAUUAUUGAAGACCUUGGGUGAGCUCAAGACCGAGCUUGGUCAACUUCGCAUCCAGAAGGUCGUUUCCUCCGGAAGCAAACUUAACAAGAUUCACGACCUCCGAAAGUCCAUUGCCCGCGUUCUUACCGUUGUCAACGUCAAGCAGCGAUCACAGCUACGCUUGUUCUACAAGAAGAACAAGUACCUCCCCCUCGAUCUCCGACCCAAGCAGACCCGCGCUAUCCGCCGACGCCUAUCUCCCCAAGAGAGCUCCAAGACUCUGGAGAAGACGCAGAAGCGAGCCACACAUUUCCCGCAGCGAAAAUACGCUGUCAAGGCUUAAAUGAAUUGGUUUGUUUGUAGCAAAGGGGAUGCGCACGUACGCGCAGACGUUUACCCUGGUUGAGGAUGGGCGUCGUGGUCUUCCAUAAAAGAGGAAUCCUGAUAUUUGCAUGGCAUCACACGGCUUUUUCGGUUCAUAGGUGUUUAUGAGGUCACACUACGCAGUCAAUGUCGCUGCCCAAUGCAAAAACUUUGCCUUAGGGCACUGAACAAAUCUCGAGGAAUUCGUUCAUGUGUGAUUUGCGAAAUGGCGAGUAGAAAUUCUACCUGGGAUCGACUCAACCGGCUCGACUUCUCCAUAAUACCCUACCCAGGCACAAGCAAAUUCUUAGAGCCAGCAGACAUAUUUCGACAAGGAGACAAACCGGUUCCCAUAACUACCUAUUAAUG